UGCGGGACAAAAUUAAUAAUAUUUUGAUGGGGAAGACAAAGUUGAAUACAGUGAAUUUGUGGAUAAUAUGUGUGAUAGCGGCAACAAUAUCAAUAUGCAACGGUGCAACGUACUUUGUGGGCGACGGCUCGGGUUGGGACAUUAGCACGGAUCUUGAUUCCUGGCUUCUCGGCAAGGCUUUCAACGUUGGUGACGUUCUUGUAUUCCAAUACUCGUCACCCCACAGCGUAUACGAGGUGACCAGAGACGAGUUCCAGAGCUGCAACACGACGAAGCCUCUUCGGACAUUCUCGGGCGGUAAUACCACCGUCUCUUUGUCGGAAUCCGGCGACAGAUUCUUCGUCUGCGGCAACAGGCUCCAUUGCUUCGCCGGUAUGAGGCUGCCGGUCCACAUUCAGGGCAACUCCCCUUCUCCUUCUCCUUCUCCCGCCGGAGCUCCACAAGCCGCCGUCUCUGCCGUCACUCACCCUUCUUCCAAGAGGAAUGAUCCGGCGACGCCGGUCCCCAGCUCCGGCGCCGGUGACGACAGGGGUAUUAUGGGGAUUUUGGUGUCUACGUUGUUUUCUCUCUUCCUGUAUAAUAUGGUCUGAUUAUCGAGUAAAAUUAUAUGUUCCUACACACAAAAAAAAAUUAUAUGUGAACAAUUUUAUACGCAGA